AUGUUUCUUACGACGCUUCUGAUCACGCCGUGGUCUAUCCUACUCCUUCCGGUCGUCUUCUACAUCUUGCCUUACCUCCGCAACUGGCAGAUCCGCGAUAUCCCCUCUCCGUUCCCAGCCGCUUGGACGAACCUCUGGCUCUUGGCUCAAUGCCGGCGCGGGAAACGCUAUCUCGCCGUUCAUGAGGCACACAAGAAGUACGGAAAGCUUGUUCGUAUUCAGCCGCAUCACGUCAGUAUUGCGGAUGCGGACGCUAUUCCGCAGAUCUACGGUCACGGCAAUGGGUUCCUGAAGAGCGAGUACUACGAUGCUUUUGUGUCGAUAAGACGGGGACUGUUCAACACGAGGGAUCGUGCGGAACACACGAGGAAGAGGAAGACGGUUUCUCAUACGUUUUCUGCCAAGAGUGUACUGCAGUUUGAGCAGUAUAUCCAUCACAACCUGGAAGAGUUGCAGAAGCAGUGGGAUCGAAGGGCGGCCAGCGUUCAAGAGAAGGGAGGAUGGUAUCAUAUGGAUGCACUGCACUGGUUCAACUACCUCGCUUUCGAUGUCAUUGGUGAUCUCGCGUUUGGAGAGCCGUUUGGUAUGCUGGCGAAGGGAAAAGAUGAAGCCGAGGUCAGCAAGGGAGGACAGAUCACGUAUGCGCCUGCUAUUGAGGUUUUGAACAGAAGAGGUGAAGUCAGCGGCACCAUCGGAUGUUUCCCCGCCAUAAAGCCCUACGCAAAGUACUUCCCGGACCCCUUCUUCAGUCAAGGCAUGAAAGCGAUCGAGAACCUCGCCGGAAUAGCCAUCGCCCGCGUCAACGCCCGCCUCGAGAAACCAUCCGACCGCGUCGACCUCCUCGCCCGCCUCAUGGAAGGCCGCGACGAAAGCGGCCAGAAGCUCGGCCGCGAAGAACUCACUGCCGAAGCCCUCACCCAACUCAUCGCCGGCUCAGAUACCACAUCCAACACUUCCUGCGCUCUUCUCUACCACUGCCUCCAGCACCCAGAUGUAGUCCAGAAACUACAAAAGGAACUCGACGACGCGCUCCCAGAUGCAGAUGCCAUUCCAAACUACGCUCAAGUCAAGGACCUACCGUACCUCGACGCCGUCAUCAAGGAAACAAUGCGUAUCCACAGCACCUCCUCCCUCGGUCUCCCACGCUUGAUCCCGCCUGGCCCCGGCAUCACACUGCUCGGCCACCACUUCCCCCAAGGCACCGUUCUCUCCGUCCCUGCAUACACGAUUCACCACUCUACGGAGAUCUGGGGCGAAGAUGCCGACGUAUUCCGACCUGAGCGCUGGGAAAACGUGACCGAGCAGCAGAAAGCGGCGUUUAUCCCUUUUAGCUAUGGGCCGAGGGCUUGUGUGGGCAGGAAUGUGGCGGAGAUGGAGUUGGCGUUGAUUGUGGGCACGGUGUUUAGGAGGUAUGAGUUUGAGGUUAGGCAGGGCGAGAUGGAGACUAGGGAGGGGUUUUUGAGGAAGCCGUUGGGGUUGGAGGUGGGGAUGAGGAGGAGGACGUUCGAGUGA